AGUACUUUGAAGAUUUAAGAACUCUUGGAAAUCCUUUUGUGCCAUUGCUCCUUCGCCCUUGUUCAUCAAGGCCUUUGAGUCCUCAGGGGCCGAAUUUACCUCUAAACAGAAAGAUGGAAACUAAAGUACAUUUGUUCUGCCAGGCAGAAGAAAAUACUGAUUCAUCAGAUGACGCCUGUAAUUGUUUUGCAACCAACUUGCCAUCGAGACAUAUUGACAGCAACAAAUACAUCAAGCUUUCUGAAACGACAGAGAAGAGAAUUUCACCUGAAAUUAGGGGUUUGGUCCCAGAACACACAAAAGAGUGUGAAAUGUCAGUACUCCUAUUUAAAGAAGAAAAAUCUGAUUUUUCAGGAGAAAAACAAAUCAGGAGAAAGAAAAAUUUACAAGUACAAUUGCACACUAAAAGAACUGAGAUUGCCUCUUCCUCUGUGAAGCCAUCAAAGGAGAAGAUGACUAUGAACGAAAACUCUUUAUGUAAAUUGCCGAAUCAGUACAGCGUUCACAAGACUUUAUCACCUCUUUAUACAUCUUCCUCACUUAUUCGGAGAGCGGAAAUGCUGUCUAACCUCUACCAGACAAUAUAUGAUGAAGUACCUCAAGAAUAUAUAUACUCACAAGAAUUAAAUGCACUUCAAAAAGCCUGCAUAAUUUUUAGUAAAAUUCGAAGUGGUAAGAUUUAUGUGAAUGAUCUGCCAAUGAUCCAUCGCAUGUUGAAGAUUUCUAUAAGUGAUUCAGAAAUGCGAAAGGCACUAAAGACCAUUGAUAUUGAUGCAUUCCAGGGUGCCUUGAAGAUUUUCUGUAGGAUAAAAGGUGGUCAAGUUGCAGUUGAUGAAGUAGCUGCUGUUUUAGAUAGCAUGGAUAUUCCCGUAACCGCUGAAGAUUUUCAGGAAGUGAUAAAAUAUGCUAGUAUUGAUAGUAACCAUCUGGUGGAUAUUGGCGAUAUUAUAUUUUCUUUGGAUGAACUGCAGCAACAGUAUGAGGAUAUUUCAAUUAUGGAAUGGUCAGCCUUGGAUGAAGAUACUUCAAACACAAACUUAUCAGGUGUAUCAGAAGGUUGUCUACCAUAUAGAAAGAAAAGCACUUUAUCUUCCAGUCUGUCUGAACUGUCCUUAUCCCAAGAGUUAAGUAGCAAAAACCUCCAACAUCAUAAAAUUAUGGAGGAUAAUGAUGACCUGGAAUUUGAAAGUUCAAAAAAUAAUUUGCAUGUAAGAAAAUUACUGGAUGGCAUUGAUAGUAGCAGUGAUGUCGGAUUCCAGGAAUCACAUUCAAAGGACGGCAUAAACUUUAAGAGAAGUUCAGAGAAAGUUGAAAUUCAUGACUCAAAGUCUAAACCACAAAACCUGAAGAAUAUUACAAGCUUUGAAAAGUCUCUGGAUAUAAGUGAUAUUUUUAGUGUCCCAAAAUUUAAGAUGCCAGCUGUGAGAAGGCCUUCUAGCCUCCCAAAUCAUAUUUCAUCUAAGGAAAAAACUGCAAUUAAGACUCUGGAAAAUGUCUGUGAAGCUAUCAGUAAACUCCAAGAAAAUUACAUUGCUGCAGAAGAACUUCAGUCCAUUUUGCCUUCAUUAGGAAUUACUUUAUCAGACAAGGAGUUCAAGAAGAUUGUGACAGACACUAGUAGAAAUGAAAAUGGAAUGGUGAAAUUAGAUGACUUUAUAAGUGCUCUCUCCAAGGAGCAAAGUCUUCCUGAAUAUGAUGUGUUGUUCAAUGUCAUUAAAGCCAUUGAUAAAAUUAAAGAUGAAAACAUUGAUUAUGAGGAUCUGAAUACUUGUCUUCAAAAUUUUGGAGUUUACCUUUCUAAGGCAGAAUUUGAAAAGAUCACAGAGUUGACUGAAGCUGGUGGGAUUAAAAAAGCUGCUCAGAUCUUGUCACCCAUUAAUAAUGACCAAAUUCGUAUACCUAACUUGGAGCAUGCCCUUAAAAGUUUGAAUGUUAAUUUAACUGAGGACUUCAGUGAGGCCCUUGAAUGUUGUGACGUUUCAGAUGAUAAGAAGGUGAAUUUAAAAGAUUUUUUAAGGGGAAUUAAAGAAAAUCCACAUUUCAAAGAGUCCACAGGGUUUCAAGUUGAUGUUCAUGACCUUGACACUAUUCUUGGAAACAUGGCGAUCAAACUCACAGCUGAGGGACUUAAUGAUGUAACCCCAAAUCUACCAACUGAUGGAGGAGAGGUUGAUGUCAACGACAUGAAAAAAGUUCCAGGAAACAUGGGAAUAGAACUUAAAGAUAAGAAACAUUGGAAUUUGCCAACUGAUGGAGGAAAAAUCGAUGUCAGUCAACUGGGCACAGAACUGGGAAACAUGGGGAUGAGCCUCGCAGAGAAGGAACUUAAAGCUCUGACACAGAGUCUGCCAGUUACUGAUCUCUUGGUAGAAUCAAAAGUAAUAAAAGAUAUACUUGAACCCUGA